AUGGCUAAUCUUCAAACCCAAUUUAAGAGUUACAACGCUAAACUCGACAAAGAACUCUCAAAAUACUCGAUAUUCAAUACAGUCGAGAAGCGUACCAAUGUCCCAAAAACUUAUUUGGCUCUCGGUGCUGGUGCUUUCGUCUUUGUUCUCAUAUUCUUUGACUUUGCCGGGCAGUUACUGAGUAAUUUGGUUGGAUGGGUGUAUCCUGCUUAUCGUUCCUUCCAAGCUAUCGAAACAGCCGACAAGACAGAUGAUACUCAAUGGUUGACAUAUUGGGCUGUCUAUGGCUUUGUUGCCUUGGUAGAAUUCUUCUCCAACAUCAUCUUAUACUGGGUACCAUUCUACUAUCUUGUCAAGACUCUAUUUUUCUUAUGGCUUUUCCUUCCUCAAUUCAAAGGUGCCGAGACACUUUACACCAAAUUCCUUCGACCCGUACUCCUUCAAUAUUCCGGUGAAGUGGAUGCCGGUCUCAACAAACUCAAGGCCAAAGUCCAGGCUGCGACUAAGGAAGGUGUUUCCUCUCUUGUCGAUGCUACCACCAAGAUUGAUUAG